AUGUCCCCCGCCCAGGAGAAAUCCCCCUACGAUUGGCGAUUCUGGUUGAUUUUCACUGGUUUGUCCGUCACCUCACUGUUGACGGCCGUGGAGUCGACAGUCACCUCGACGGCUCUCCCGACCAUUUCGCGUGACUUGAACGCAGGUGAGGCUUAUAUCUGGUUUGUCAAUGCGUUCUUCCUCUCGAGCACCGCAUUCCAGCCCCUAUACGGUCAGUUAGCAGAUGUCUUUGGACGACGAUGGCCGCUGAUCUCCGCCGUCUCGUUCUUCGCCCUCGGUAGUGGGAUUAGUGGAGGUGCGAAGUCGACGGCCAUGCUCAUCGGAGGCCGAGCCGUCCAGGGAAUAGGACUCGGUGGUGUGAACAUGUUGAUCGAUAUCGUGAUAUGCGAUCUAGUUCCUCUCCGCGAGCGAGGCCAGUUCAUGGCUUUGAUAUUCGUCGUUUUCGCCGUCGGAUCGUCCAUUGGCCCGUUUGUCGGGGGCGCCUUGACACAGCAUGUUACCUGGCGAUGGUCGUUCUACAUUAGUUUGCCGAUCGCUGGCGCUGCCUUGCUUCUGAUGUUACUUUUUCUGCAGGUGAAAUAUCAAAAGGAGACUACAUUGGCACAGAAGCUGAAACGAAUCGAUUGGUUGGGCAAUACAUUGCUGAUCGCAGCGGUGGUAGCAGUCCUGAUCGCGCUCAGCUUCGGCGGGACAAUCUAUGCUUGGUCGAGCUGGCAUGUCAUCGUACCCCUUGUACUCGGACUGUUGGGUCUUGUCGCCUUUCACGUUCUCCAGACGACGCGACUCUGUCCCGAGCCGACCAUCCCUCCACGGCUCUUCAUGAACCGUACCUCGCUAGCUGCGUUCAUCCUCAGUUUCCUCCACGGCAUGCUCCUUUACUGGGCCCUUUACUUCCUACCGGUGUAUUUCCAGGGCGUCAAGCUAAGCACACCGACCCGUUCCGGAGUCCAAAUUCUCCCCACCGUCAUCGUGGUCGUUCCGGCCGCGAUUUUGGCAGGUGCUAUCCUCACCAAGACCGGGAAGUACAAGUGGAUCCAAAUCGUCGGGUUCGCCUUCAUGACGCUCGGCAUGGGGCUAUUCACCCUCCUCGACAAAGACUCCGACACGGGAAAAUGGACCGGGUUUCAGAUCCUGGCGGCCAUCGGAUCCGGUCUGAUCAUUACCUCCACCCUGCCCGCCGCUCAGGCCGAGCUCCCCGAAAGCGACGUCGCCGCGUCGACCGCCACAUGGGCAUUCCUCAGAUCCUUCGGCUCGGUCUGGGGCGUGGCCAUUCCCGCUGCCAUUUUCAAUAACCGAUUCGCAUCCAGCGUUGCCGCCACCGGGUUAGAUGAGCAUCCGGAAGCCGGGGCCAUCCUGCGCGUAAGCGAUGCAUACCAACAAGCUUCCCGCGAGUUCGUGCACAGCUUUCCCGAGGAGCUACAGACCGAUAUCGUUCAGGCUUACACCGACGCGUUGCAGCGCGUGUGGCAGAUCUCAAUCAUCUUUGCGGGUCUAGGGUUUCUGGUGGCGUGGUUGGAGAGGGAGGUUGAACUGCGGACGACGUUGGAGACGGAGUAUGGUAUGAAGGAUCGGGAGGGUGAUAAGGUGGAUGAGGAAAAGGUCGAAGAACGCGUGGCUGCUGCGGGCAAAUAG